CAACACGAGCCUACCUAGCGUCGUGUCCAAUCCGCAUUCGCAUCUCUUGCGUUGGUCCUUGGAAGCCACCAUCACAGAGCUGUCACCAGACCACCUUGUCGGUUCAGCUAUUGAUACUGCGUGGGCACAGUUGUGCUUUAUUGCAUCCUCGCAGAGGUGCUCGUUGACAGAGAUGGAGGAUCUCUGUCUGCACGAGGAUCCCGGCGGAUCAUGGAGCUGGAAAGCCUUAUGCAUCCUCUCUCAAAUUGAGAAUGCUGCGAACCAGAAGACGAGGACCGGCGUAUACGACCAUAGCGGCGCUACAGAACUUGUUACAAUACGACGCAUCCUCGAAUCGCUGUGGUAUAAGUGGUCGGCGAUGCGACUAAGAGAGUCUCGGAUAUACUUGUCCAUCGAAAGUACCAUUAUUGCUACUUUUCUACGGGUCGCCAGACGCAUCGGAGACAUUGAAUUUGUAGAGAACUCUUGGUCUUUCCUCCAGACUAGUGGUUCUUUUGCAGCUCGCGAAGUUGCAGCGGAAUACUGCGCCGCCACCAUUGCCCACGGUCAUGACAUCCGCCAAAUCUUUCUUACAAUUCUUGCACAUGUCCAUCCCCCGUCACGCUCUGUUGUCGUCCAGGAUGUCCUCGCUCGGCUACUCGUGGUCGACAUUGAGAUGGGUGCCAGAGUGUUUGCUUGGGCGCAGCAGUCUCAUUUGACGAUCGAUUCCAACAUCAUACGCGAACUCGCUAUGCAAAUCGCCGCCCGUGGCAAUACUGUGGACGCUCUCCGUUAUGUCGACGAUCCCGGAUUACGAGUUGAACACAAGCUGGACGUCUUGGCCAGUCUCCUUCAAUGUGUUGUGGAUCCAUCGCGGACGCUUCUCUCUCCCCGAUCAUUCGAGAGAUCUGUCAGUGGACUGGUACGGACUCAACGUCCCCCUAGUCAGCCUCCCAGAGGGCUGGAGGAAAGCCUUCUUGCUGCACUCAUGGUUCGUCGUCUUUCCUGGCUCCCUCGCCUCAUCGGGGCGAUCCAGAAGUUUUGGCCAUCAUUCUUCAGCGAGCGAUUCCUGAUACUUACCGCGGAAGAGUUUGUUCAACAACGUCAGUCAUGGGCGGCACUUCGCUUGCUGCAUCGCAGUGGGCUCAUUAACGCGGACACUCAACGCACCCUCAUGCUUAAACUUGUUCGUACUGGAGCGUACAAGGCGGCAGCAUCUAUGUUGAAAUAUCCCUGGCCAAGAGAGGGGCAACUAUCCAUCUCUGCCCACCUUUUACAAUUGCUCCGUAGCUCUCGGAAGAAGCCUUCUCGAUUAUUGAAGGUACUCGGGCCAUGGGUGGCAGCGAGAACUUCCGCCGAGGUUCGACUUGUCUCUAAGGUCCUUGCUGGCUAUGCCCGCUCCUCCCAGCUGUUCUGCACGGGGACUAACGACGGAGUUAUUCAACGUAACCGGAUAGCAAUCGGGAACACUAUCAUUUAUGCAAGCGUUACUCGUGGAAAAAAGCGACAAGCACGCCGAGUGCGCCAUGCACUUGCGGUUUUCAGCAAGCUACGCGAGGAACAAGGUUUCGUGCCGGAUCGAGUCACAGUCAACAUCCUCCUGAAAGCCAUCUUGCACUGGACCAAGGCCGUCGACAGCCAAGCCGUUCGUGCUCUCUUUGAUCGAAUGGUUCGUAGCGGCUAUCCGGUCAGCGACUCGUUCUCCCCAGGUGUCGGGCCUUUCGGGAUGCACUCCACGAGCGACAUCCAGUUCCAGGUGCCCGAACUGACGUCGCCCAUCCUGUACGCGAUUCAUGUGCGACCGUUGUACAAGAUGUUCAUCAAGGCCUUAUAUCUUCGAGGAGACGAUCAAGGCGCGCGGACUAUUGUGGGUAUAUUGAAAGGAUUGGAGGCCAGAGACCGCCUGGCACGCGUGCAACGAAUCGUUAUGCCAAUGAGGAAUGGACGGAGAGGGUAGAGGUUGCGUAGGGACUCUGUCAGUAUCGCGUUUUAGUCCUGCAGUCGACUUUAUUGCCUAGUUCCGCGCUGGCAGUAUCAG